AUGAAAAAAUGGUCAUUUUUUGAGUCUUUGUUCUUUUGUGGUACAGUCUUUACAACAAUUGGAUACGGCAAUGUCACUCCAGUAACGAAGUACGGACGGAUUGCUACGAUGAUUUAUGGCUGCUUUGGGAUUCCUCUCUGCUUAAUAUUCCUAUCUAAAACUGGAAAGAAUUUAACAAGGAUUAUAAAAUUUUUCUGGAGUUUCAUUCGAAGGUUCUACUACACGGGCAGUUGUAAGAAAAUUGUUCUACCGUACGCCGUCGACGACAACUUCAACCUGCCACCAAUUGUGGCUCUGGCGAUUGCUUUUGUUUACAUAUUCUUCGGAGCGUUCAUCUACACUCGAUGGGAAAAUUGGGAUUAUUUUGAGUCCUUCUACUUCACCUUCAUAUCCCUAUCCACCAUCGGCUUUGGGGAUGUUAUACCGGAUCAUCCACUUUUCUUUCUGUCAUCGUUCGUCUAUGUAGGCAUUGGUCUAUCUCUUAUUGCAAUGGUUGGUAGGCUGGUUGAUUGGCUGAUUGAAUGGUUGGUUGGUUAA